UCUCUGAACCUUUUUCUCCUCCAAAUCCCUAAUCUCUAUCUUCUUCUUCUUCUCCAUAUAAAUACCUGACUCCAAAGCACCAAAACAAAGAGAGCUAGAGAGAGAAACUAGAGAGAGAAAGCUUUCAAACCCUCCGAUCUGAGCCAUCGAUAUCAUAAAGGAGGGUUUAGAUCUUUGCCUAAAUUAGGGUUUUGGCAGGAGUUCAGGGACGACGAUGUCCUCGCUUAGCAGAGAGCUCGUUUUUCUCAUACUUCAGUUUCUGGAUGAAGAGAAAUUCAAAGACAGUGUUCACAAGUUGGAGCAAGAGUCAGGGUUUUUCUUUAACAUGAGGUACUUUGAGGACAUGGUGACAAAUGGAGAGUGGGAGGAGGUGGAAAAGUAUUUGUCUGGUUUCACGAAGGUUGAUGAUAAUCGAUACUCUAUGAAGAUUUUCUUUGAGAUUCGCAAGCAGAAGUACCUUGAAGCUUUAGACAAGCGGGAUCGAGCAAAAGCUGUGGACAUUUUAGUUAAGGACUUGAAAGUUUUUGCAUCAUUUAAUGAGGAACUUUUUAAGGAAAUUACACAGUUGUUGACUCUGGAAAACUUUAGGGAUAAUGAACAGUUAUCUAAAUAUGGUGAUACUAAGUCUGCAAGGAGUAUAAUGCUUGCUGAACUGAAAAAGUUAAUAGAGGCUAACCCAUUGUUUCGUGAUAAACUUCAAUUUCCAACGCUGAAGAACUCGAGACUGCGUACUCUUAUUAAUCAGAGUUUAAACUGGCAGCAUCAGCUUUGUAAGAACCCAAGGUCCAAUCCAGACAUAAAGACCCUGUUUGUAGACCACAGUUGUGGACAACCAAAUGGUACCAGGGCUCCAUCUCCUGUCACUAAUCACUUAAUGGGGGCAGUCCCUAAGACAGGGGGUUUCCCUCCAUUGGGUGCUCAUGGGCCCUUUCAGCCCACACCAGCUGCUCUUCCAACGUCUCUUGCUGGAUGGAUGGCAAAUCCAUCACCUGUGCCUCAUCCCUCAGCUUCUGCUGGGCCUCUUGGGUUGGCCGCAGCUAACACUGCGGCCAUCUUGAAGCGCCCUAGAACUCCUCCUACCGGUAACCCAACUAUGGACUAUCAAACAGCAGAUUCUGAGUUCGUUCUGAAGAGAUCAAGACCUUUUGGGAUACCGGAUGAAGCCAAUAAUCUGCCAGUAAAUAUGCUGCCUGUUGCAUAUCCUAAUCAGAGCCAUGGUCAGAGUUCCUACUCUUCUGAUGACUUGCCCAGGUCUGUUGUUAUGACUUUAAGUCUGGGUUCAGCUGUCAAGAGUAUGGAUUUCCACCCGGUACAACAAAUUUUACUUCUUGUUGGAACAAACAUGGGUGAUGUCAUGAUAUAUAAGCUACCAAGCCAAGAAAAGGCUAUUAAGAACUUCAAAGUCUGGGACAUUGGAGCAUGUUCAGGGGCACUGCAGGCAUCUUUGGCCAGUGAUUAUACAGCAUCAAUCAACCGUGUGAUGUGGAGCCCUGAUGGGACACUUGUUGGUGUUGCAUACUCUAAGCACAUUGUACACAUAUAUUCCUACCAUGGUGGUGAUGAGUUACGAAAUCACCUGGAGAUUGAGGCCCAUGUUGGCAGCGUCAAUGAUCUUGCUUUCUCAUAUCCAAACAAACAGCUGUGCGUUGUCACUUGCGGGGAUGAUAGGGUCAUUAAGGUGUGGGAUGCAGCCACUGGGAUUAAGCAGUAUACUUUUGAAGGCCAUGAAGCACCUGUAUAUUCAGUGUGUCCACAUCACAAAGAAAAUAUCCAGUUCAUUUUCUCGACGGCUACUGAUGGGAAAAUAAAGGCAUGGUUGUAUGAUAAUGUGGGCUCAAGAGUUGACUAUGAUGCACCAGGCCAUUCAUCUACCACUAUGGCAUACAGUGCAGAUGGAGCAAGGUUGUUCUCAUGUGGGACUAACAAAGAAGGGGAUUCAUCCUUGGUGGAGUGGAAUGAAAGUGAAGGAGCUGUAAAGCGGACCUAUCAUGGUCUUGCAAAGCGUGCAGUUGGGGUUGUGCAGUUUGAUACCACUAAAAACCGGUUCUUGGCUGCUGGCGAUGAGUUCACUGUCAAAUUUUGGGACAUGGACAAUGUUAACCUUUUGACGAGUACUGAUGCAGAUGGUGGAUUGCCGGCUUCUCCCACAAUCAGAUUUAACAAGGAAGGAAUAUUGUUAGCUGCCUCAACGAAUGAUGGUAUUAAAAUUCUGGCAAAUACAGAUGGAAUUAGGUUGCUAAGAACUGUGGAAAGUCGCACAUUUGAUGCUUCAAGAGCUGCUUCUGCGGCUGCAGUGAAGGCACUCCCAGUAGGAACAUUUGGGCCUUCCAGCACUCCUAUUGGAACAAGCAUUGGAGAUCGAGCUGCUCCUGUGUCAGCCAUGGUUGGACUGAACAAUGACAAUAGAAGUUUGGUCGACAUUAAACCUAGAAUUGCUGAUGAGUCGGUAGAGAAAGCCAGGAUUUGGAAACUGACUGAAAUCAGUGAACUAUCACAAUGCCGCUCUCUGAGGCUCCCUGAUACUUUAACAGCAAUGAGGGUUUCUAGAUUGAUAUAUACAAAUUCAGGACUUUCAGUGUUGGCGUUAUCAUCUAAUGCUGUACACAAGCUCUGGAAAUGGCAAAGAAAUGAACGAAUACAAAAGGCCACAGCCAGUAGUCUACCGCAAUUAUGGCAACCUUCAAGUGGAAUAUUGAUGACCAAUGAUAUAAGUGAUACAAACCCUGAGGAUGCUGUUCCAUGCUUUGCACUGUCAAAGAACGAUUCUUAUGUUAUGUCAGCUUCAGGGGGGAAAAUAUCCCUUUUCAAUAUGAUGACAUUUAAGACAAUGACAACAUUUAUGCCCCCACCCCCAGCUGCAACAUAUCUGGCAUUUCAUCCUCAAGACAAUAAUAUCAUUGCCAUAGGAAUGGAUGAUUCUUCUAUCCAGAUUUACAAUGUCCGGGUUGACGAGGUUAAAACCAAGCUAAAAGGUCAUCAGAAAAGAAUAACAGGCCUUGCCUUCUCUCAUACUCUUAAUGUGCUUGUAUCUUCGGGGGCUGAUUCCCAGUUAUGUGUUUGGAACACGGAUGGAUGGGAGAAGCAGUCUAGUAAAUUUCUUCAGAUGCCUAGUGGCCGGGCUGCUGCUCCCCUUGCUGAUACCCGAGUUCAGUUUCACUCAGAUCAGAUGCAUUUGCUGGCAGUUCAUGAAACACAGAUAGCCAUAUACGAAGCACCAAAAUUGGAAUGCCUUAAGCAGUGGGUUCCUCGAGAAGUUAGUGGUCCGAUCACACAUGCUGUAUAUUCCUGUGAUAGCCAGUUAAUUUAUGUUAGCUUUGAAGAUGGAAGUGUUGGGGUUCUCACUGCUCUUACACUUAGAUUGAGAUGCCGAAUACUACCAACCGCUUAUUUACCUCCAAAUCCAAGCUUAAGGGUGUAUCCUCUCGUUGUUGCGGCACAUCCAUCCGAACCCAACCAGUUUGCCUUAGGACUUACAGACGGUGGAGUGCAUGUACUUGAGCCAUUAGAGUCGGAAGGAAAGUGGGGAACUAAUCCCCCAAUCGAAAAUGGUGCUGGGCCUAGCACGACUUCUGGAGCAGCCGCUUCAGAUCAACCCCAAAGGUGACAAUCCCGUGUGCGUGGCUUCCACCGAGGACCUUAGGUGCAUUUCUCUCUUCCGUGAUGGUCCCUGUUCCUGAUGUCAUCAUAUUAUAUUUUUGAGGGGAAACUGUGGAUUUAGGUACUAUAGUUUUAGGAUAAUUGGAUUAACCCAGUAGAAUUCGUUAUAGUGGCAUUUGAAAACAGGUCAAAACAGAUCGCUGUGAGGCAAUUCCCGUCAUUUAGGAUAAUUGGAAAGUGAUGAACUAUAGUUUGAAGUCUUGAAGAAAUGCUGCGCCAGGCGAAAGGUCGAGAUCGGACGACGAGGGGGUUCAGCAAAAGAUAGUAGUUGGUUUGGUUAAACGGCCAGACUGUUUUAUCCUUUUCUUUACUUUAUAAGUUGCUGAGAAUCUCAGAAAUUAAUUUAAUUGUGAACCAGAUAUGAUUUAGUCAUUUUAUUUUCUGUACUCUUUAUUUUUCUGGUGAUAAAUAAGAAAGCGGCUUUGUUGUUGUUUA